CACGCCGCUCCACCGUCUCCAGCCUCUCCCCAUCCGCUCGGUCCCCCGUCUAACACGCUAGCACUAGGCCCUGUUCCUCGCUACCGGGGCUAUUUAAUCCUGUCGAGGGCCUCUCGAGCCCUGCCCGUCGCCAACUCCUCGACCUCUUGUCCUGCUACUAUGCCUACUCGCUCCUGGCCUCCCGUCCCUCAUCACCUUCCCUGUAUGGUCCUGUAUGAGUAGUUGGAGUGUUUGUGUAUAUUCUACGCCAGUACAAGUGUAAUAUCAUUCAAUAUCGGGAGACGCGAAGUGUAGCCGAGCGGGAACUGGGUUGGUUUCGUCAUUGUGCAAGCGGUUUCUCUCAUUUCCGUGGGGCGAGCGUGUCCGCGAUGUCGUUAUCCGGAGUUGAAGUUUCUAAGCACGAUAGCAAGGAUUCUUGCUGGGUCGUGAUUCAUGGCAAAGUGUAUGAUGUGACGGAGUUUCUGCCCGAGCACCCUGGUGGGAUGCGCAUUAUCCUAAAGUAUGCGGGCAAAGAUGCGACGGCAGAAUUCGACCCUAUACAUCCCCCCGACACUCUCGACAAGUACCUAGACCAGUCGAAACACUUAGGACCGGUAGACAUGUCUACCGUAGCCAAGGUCGAGGAAGAAGUGGACCCGGAGGAGGCCGAGCGGCAACAGCGCAUCGCAGAUAAGCCGCCGCUAUCGCAGUGUUUCAACUUGAUGGAUUUCGAGUCGGUCGCUAAGAAGGUCAUGAAGAAGGUUGCCUGGGGCUACUACUCUAGCGCCGCAGACGACGAGAUAACGCUGCGAGAGAACCACGAGGCUUUCCACAGGAUAUGGUUCCGGCCCAAGAUUCUAGUCAACGUCAAGGAGGUUGAUUUUUCAAGCACAAUGCUCGGUACCAAGGUCGACAUACCGUUCUACGUCACCGCGACGGCGCUAGGGAAGCUGGGGCACCCUGAAGGCGAGGUCGUGUUGACGAGGGCGGCGAGAAAGCACAACGUCAUCCAGAUGAUCCCUACGCUAGCGUCGUGCUCAUUCGAUGAGAUCAUGGACGCGGCAGAAGGGGAUCAGGUGCAGUGGUUACAGCUAUACGUCAAUUCGGAUCGUGCCAUUACGGAGCGCAUCGUCAAGCACGCCGAGAAACGGGGAUGCAAGGGCUUAUUUAUCACGGUCGAUGCGCCACAGCUAGGAAGGAGAGAGAAGGACAUGCGGUCCAGGUUCACGGACAAGGGCUCCAAUGUGCAGUCCGGUCAGGACACGGACACGUCGCAAGGCGCAGCCCGGGCCAUCUCGUCCUUUAUCGACCCGUCUCUAUCCUGGGAUGACAUCCCGUGGUUCCAGUCGAUCACGAAGAUGCCUAUCGUGCUCAAAGGCGUCCAGCGCGUCGAGGACGUACUCCGCGCCGUCGAGGCUGGCGUUCAGGGCGUCGUACUCUCGAACCACGGCGGCCGGCAGCUCGAGUUUGCGCCGUCCGCCGUCGAGGUGCUGGCGGAGACGAUGCCGGUGCUGCGGGCGCAGGGGCUCGAGAAGAAGAUCGAGGUGUACAUAGACGGUGGCGUGCGCCGGGCUACGGACAUCCUCAAGGCGCUGUGCCUCGGCGCGAAGGGGGUCGGCAUCGGCCGGCCCUUCCUGUACGCGAUGUCGGCGUACGGCCUCGAGGGCGUCGACCGCGCCAUGCGGCUCCUCAAGGACGAGAUGGAGAUGAACAUGCGCCUGAUCGGCUGCACCAGCGUCGACCAGCUGAACCCGUCCCUCGUCGACGUGCGCAACCUCGGCAGCCACGUCACCGGCGUCCCGGCCGACCACCUAGGCCGCAAGGUCUACGACACUCUCGCCAUACCGGCGUUCAAGACUCCCAAGGCGAAGCUAUGAAACCGAUCUAGUUGAUGACUCCUCUUGUUUUUUCUGUCGCUCUCCCUCUUUCUCUCCCUUGUAUAUCUGUGGGGAUACCAAUCUAGCCAUCCAUCUACCUCGCUACAAGUAUAUACAUCCCGUCUUGAGGAUCGAAUAUAGGCUUGGCGUCUGCGUGUACACAUUUAUACGUCUAUUUUCCGUGUUGGCUGUUCUGGUUUAUUGAUAUGCGCAACCGCGAGAGUGCUUGGUUUGCAAGCCACACUACCGGCUAAAACCUACUUUGCUGGCCUAGCACGUUGGUGAGUGACACCAGUUCUUAAGACUAGGCGGUGGGGGGACAAGUUCUAGGGGCUCAUCGCAGCGUUGUUCAUCCUCAACUUAUGGGUGUUUCUUCAACGGGCCACGGUGGUAAACUUGAUACUCCCCGACUGCCUAACGACGUGGGCACCCCCGUACUGAAGUCGGUGGUUUUGAUGACGCACUCGGGGUAACUACACGUGUUUUCGAUGUAAGGGACGAUCGCUCCCGGGACCCCGGUUUUCACGGACAAGGCGGUUUGGCUCUCGGGGGGUUUUAAUAUAGUUCAGAUGUUGCCGGUGAGCAUUACGCCGAGGUGUUAUCCAGAAAACUUACCUAUAUAAGGGGAGCCCAGAGGUUGUGUGAUUAACUCAACCUAGCGCGUUGUACGUAGUAUAAAAUACCUACAGGGAAAAAUAAACAGACAGAAAAAAGAGAC